AUGUCGGAGACUGCUCCAGUUGCGCCUGUUGCCCCCGCGCCUGCGGAGAAAACACCUGUGAAGAAGAAGGCGAAGAAAGCGGGCGCAGCUGCGGGAAAGCGCAAAGCGUCUGGGCCUCCGGUGUCCGAGCUCAUCACCAAAGCUGUGGCUGCUUCCAAGGAGCGCAGCGGCGUUUCACUGGCCGCGCUCAAGAAGGCGCUGGCAGCCGCUGGCUACGAUGUAGAGAAAAAUAACAGCCGCAUCAAGUUGGGUCUCAAGAGCCUGGUGAGCAAGGGCACCCUGGUGCAGACCAAGGGCACCGGCGCCUCCGGUUCCUUCAAGCUCAACAAGAAGGCGGCUUCCGGGGAAGCCAAGCCCAAAGCCAAGAAGGCGGGCGCCGCCAAGCCCAAGAAGCCCGCCGGCGCAGCCAAGAAGCCGAAGAAGGCGACGGGCGCGGCCACCCAGAGGAAAGGCGCUAAGAAGACUCCGAAGAAAGCCAAGAAGCCGGCUGCAGCUGCUGGGGCCAAGAAAGUGGCUAAGAGUCCGAAAAAGGUGAAGGCAGCCAAGCCGAAGAAGGCUGCCAAGAGUCCAGCUAAGGCUAAAGCCCCUAAACCCAAAGCAGCCAAGCCUAAGUCUGCAAAACCCAAGGUUACAAAGGCAAAGAAGGCGGCCCCUAAGAAGAAGUAA